AUGAGCUACCCAAUACAGGGAUCGUCCUCUCAGCCCUAUGGCGCCUACACCUUCAACACGCCCGUGAAGCAGCGACAAAGACGGCAAUACGCACCGCCUUUACAGCAACAGCAGAAGCGUCAGGCACAGUCGACACACCUUGCAAGACGAGAAAAUGUUGAAGACGCCUACACCUGGAAUGCCGCUGCCAAGGCGGCAAAUCCCAAGCUCAACGAGUCGCCGCUCAAAGAUGCCGUUCCCGGGGCUGCACAGCUCGAUGCGCCUGCCUCCUGGCUCGAAGGUCGAAAGUAUGCCGUUCUUAUCGAUGCCGGCUCCUCCGGCUCUCGCAUGCAGGUCUACUCUUGGAAGGAUCCAAAGCUUGAGCGUGCUUUGCGAGCCAGCAAGGGUCUCGAUGCCAAGGUGCUACCCAAAGUCGAAAAGGGCACCUGGGAAAGCUCGGGCGUAGACUGGAGUCUCAAAGUCGAACCUGGCCUCUCCUCUUACGGAGACCACCCGGCCGAUGUCGGCAACUACCUCAAGAGUCUUCUCGACCACGCUGAGAAGAUUGUACCUCAAUCUGCCUGGGCCGAGACACCCAUUUAUGUCAUGGCAACGGCUGGCAUGCGCUUGCUUCCUGAGCCCCAGCGCGAAGCAGUGCUCGCCGAAACGUGCCGUUACAUCCGCGAACACACCACGUUCAGCCUCAAUGGAGGAGGAUGCGACGCGCAUGUCCAGGUCAUCAGCGGUGAAGAGGAGGGUUUACUAGGAUGGAUCUCGGUCAAUUACCUCAUGGACGGCUUCCACAUUCGCGGCAAAAAGGCGUCUCUCGACGGCGAGACCGACAUCCAGGAGGGCAAAUCCACUUUUGGCUUCCUCGACAUGGGCGGCGCCAGCACCCAGAUUGCCUUUGAACCCAGUAGAAAGGCACUCCAGGGCGAAGGCGCAGCUGCCGAAGCCGAUCUCACCACCGUACCACUUCGCAUGCUCGACGGCACCGAGGUCUCGCACAAGGUCUUUGUCACCACCUUUCUCGGCUAUGGCACCAACCAGGCACGGCAGCGGUACAUUGAUUUGCUUCGCUCGGAUGCAGUCAAGGCUCAGGAAUCCAACCAGCUCCUGUCCGACCCGUGUCUUCCCAACGGACUGCAACUCGCCCAUGUUGAUGGCAAAUCGGAUGUUUCGUUGAUGGGCGCAGGAAACUUCACCGCCUGCCUCGAAUCCAUGCAUCCGCUUCUUGACAAGGAAGCAGUGUGUCACAAGCCGCCAUGCCUCUUCCACGGCGUCCACGUGCCCAAGAUCGAUUUCAGCGUGAACCACUUCAUCGGCGUCUCGGAAUACUGGUUCAGCUCGCACGAUAUCUUUGGACUCGGCGGCGUCUACGACUUUGUCGACUUCCAGAAGGCCGCUGUCGACUUUUGCGGAAAGCCUUGGGCCGAGCUUAAGCAGCAUCUCGAUGCGAAAGAUUUUUUCGGGCCCGAAGUGCAACUGAGCCGUCUGCAGACGCAGUGCUUCAAAGCUGCCUGGAUGGUCACCGUUCUGCACGAAGGCAUCGGCAUUCCACGCAUCGUCGACCACAAGGGUGCGGGCGAUGGUACCGAUCACGCCGACGAGGCGCAGGGCAAAGGCGAGCAGAAGAACCUCUUCCAGAGCGUCAACGACAUUGAGGGCUUCUCGGUCAGUUGGACCCUGGGCAAGGCUGUGUUGGAGGCGAGCCACGACAUUCCACCUGCACCAGGAUCGCUGCCUUCCCCAUUUGACGAGCUCACCAAGUCCAACUCGAAACUCGGCCAGUGGGAUCCCUUCCGACCCAAGUGGCACACCACGGGCGAAGGCUCGGCAUUCCCGCCCGCUCUGAACAGCGCAAGGAGGCACAUGAGCCCAAUCUCACUGAUCGUUAUGGUCGCUAUCUUCCUCGUGCUGCUCAUCACCUGCCUCUGCACCCGCGGUCGCGGUCCGCGUGCCACCAGAAGGCGAGCGGCCAUCAAGGACAUGCUACCACCGCCGCUGGGCACACUUGGCGGCAUGUGCAGCACCAAGCGCGCCAGUCGUGGCGACUACGUUCUUGCCAGCAUGGAGGAAGCUUCCGGCGAUGUCUCGAAGCGCGGCUUCUGGUCCAAGUUGGGCAAGCGCGCUGACGGCAAGGACUACAGCCCGACGAUGGAAGCCGAGUUUGGUUUCAGCUCCGAGGGCAGCUCGGAAGAGAGCAGCAGCGGCUCGAGUGGAUCCGCGGGAGCAGGCCUGCGGACGUCGUCGCGCAAACGGGCUAGCAAGGGUGUUGCUGGUGUGCUGGGCUGGCCAGUACGUCGUGUGGCUCUCGCCUUGACUUCUACGUUUCCUUCGCUCCUGCCCAGGCGUACGACGCGGCCCAAGAAGCGCAACUCGAGUCUGCCCAUGAGUCGAGACGGGUCUGCCUCGGAUGGUGUACUGGGACACGGCGCUCGGAUCGCAGCUCGUAGAGGAGCGACUGCACCUACCAUGGUGCGAGUGUCGCGUCCAGCAUCUCCCACUUUCACGGGCAUCACCACAGGCACGGCCAUCUCACGACCAGCAUCGCGCACCUCGAGCCGAGCGCCUACGCCGGUGUUGGGACAUCGUCUCACCUCGGCGACGCUUUCGACUCGCUCUGGACUCACUACACCUGGCGGCAAUGCCAGCGGCGCCCUGUCUCCUGGUGGACCCGGUUCGCCUCUGGGCGAGCGUACGAUCCGGCCUGGGUUGUUUUCAGCUUCGCUGAGCCGGGCUCACUCGGUUGCAGACAUGUCCACCGUUGAGUCUGGUUUGCUGCUUGCACCCACAGCACCUCGUCCACCGACGAGACAAGGCUCGCCAGCGCCUCCGCACCUCAGCGCCAUGUCGGAGCUCCGCAAUGGAGACGGCUCUCCAGACGUAUGA